CCAAAAUAAGCGGCGGCAGCUCGGGGGAGAAGCAGGACGACGCAAGCUGAGGCAACGACGACGCCCGUGUCCGGGGGGCGAGUUCUAUGCCCACGUACCAGCAAGGGUCGCCAUGGUGGCAGCCGCAGUGGGUUAGGAAGGUGAGCCUCGCGGUGGAGAUGGCAUUUGCGCAUGCUAUGGCGGCCGGGCGUGCCCUCGAGCCAUGUGGCGCACUGGCGCCCAAGAUGUCUAUCCUUGCUGCGGCGCGGCGCGGGGAUCUCAUCGCAUCGAGCCACCGAGUGCUGACCGGAGCAUUCAACAGGAAAAAACUAAAGAAUGGAAGACUGCAAAUCAGUGCAAAGUGGGGCUCCUGCCGAGGUACACUCAUGAAAGGCGACAACAGGCCAGCAGAAAAAUGAAGCUCGAGUGGGAUGCUGAUGAAUAGAACCACUUCGAUGAGCCAUAGGUGAAGUGGCGUAC